ACACUUCUCGUUGCAGAAAGGCGGAUCCCUCUCGGCCACUUUGCCUUUCGGAACUUCUUUUGAGACUAUUUUACCUGCCAUUCCUUGGCAGGUCACGCUAAAUCCAACAAAAAUUACUUACUGAAGUAUUAAAACGACAUUUUAUUCAGUCGAGUUCCACGACCGUACUCACCGCGACGACAGGGAGAGUUUCCAGCUACAACGUUAGCUAGCUAACUUUUAACGCACUAGCAUAUAACUUGACAACUGCCCUGCAGCAUAACAGGGAAGGAACAACACCGAAGCACAGGAAGAUGGCAGAUAAAGACUUGAUGUGGGCAUUGAAGACCGGGGACAUGGAUGAAGUGGAAUCCAAACUGGUAACGGCUGAAGAUGUAAACCGGACCCUGGAUGGUGGGAGGAGGCCUCUGCACUAUGCUGCAGACUUUGGUCAGACGGAUGUUGUGGCAUACCUAAUUUCUAAGGGAGCCGACGUUAAUGCUCCAGACAAACACGGGCUCACUCCACUGAUCUCCGCCUGUUACGAGGGUCACGCCUCCUGUGUCAAGGUUCUGCUAGAAAAGGGAGCUGACAAAGACCGGAAAGGACCGGACGGCAUCAGUGCCUUUGAAGCUGCCGAGGACGAAGCCAUAAAGGCUCUGCUGAAGUGAGACCUUACAGUGUGUGAGGAGGCUGGACAGGUGGGUGAACGGACAGACAGAUGGAUGCAGUGGUCCCCUGACAGAAGAUGGACUCCCCCCUUUUGCCCCGAUCAACCUCUGUCUAAACACUGCUUUUGUCUGUUUGCUGGAGGGUCAUUUUGUCUGUCUGAUGAUAUUCCUUUAACUUGUUUAUUUUUUUCAUUUUUCCCUAAGUUUUUGGGAUAGGAUUUUCUCUUGUUUUGGCCUCUGUUUGUAGCCAUUUAUAACAGAAGGUCUUGUCAAUUAUGUCUCCCUUAGGGACCAAACACUGGGGGAGCGCUAGAUGGAUCCUGGAUCCUAGAACACUGCUCAGAUUAUAAAUCACACUCCGUAAUGUAAACGCAAAGCUUAGUACUUAAAUCCACAUCUCUCAUUUGCAGUUCUCUUUUGCAAAUCAAAUAGUAAUAGAUCAAAGGUGUGUUGACAUUUUCUACAACUUUAAUAUGAGUAUUGUAUGGCCAGUGCUUAAACUCAUGAAAUAAACAGUAAUUGCACUGUACUAUACUAGAUAGAUUGAAAAGAAAGGUUGUAAAGUUUCAUUGUAUUAACCUUUCAUUAUGUGUGGCCUCUACCUUGAUUUCUUUUUUUAAAUAGACCAAACUGUCCCACCAAUCUCGAAAUUUUGGAAAUGUUGGUUUGAGAGAGGUCCAGAGGUCAAAUUCUCCUUUUCUACUCUGCAUAUCACUUACAUAUCAAACAUCGUUUGUUGACUAAUUUAACGCAUAUUCUGUGAUCUUUGACCAAUCACCAUGCUGGUUAACUAGAGAAACUUGAAUGUUGCAAUUUUAAAAUCUGUUACUGAAUCCCUUUUUGAAGCAAUGUUAACAGCACAUAAUAGAAUAAGCAAUUCUAGAGAUUUGUUCAUUUUGUCAUCCCUAGAGUGAGAUUUCAGAGCGAAAAAUCAUUUUUUUGUUGCAGCUUCUGUGUUUUUUGUAAUUGAUGGGCUCUGGGGGCUCGGUAAAUGGGGGGUAAAGUUGAAACUGGAUGGGGUGGGGGCUGUUAGCAUUCCCCUUGCCUUUUGGAUUUGAUUAGAAGCCCUGCCUGUUUUGCUGCAUGUCUAAAUGGCCUCUGCUUUUACGCUAUGAAAUGGUUGCUGGUCCUCUCUUGGUUGCUUUCAAAUGAAUUACUACAAUGUAAUGGACAGAAAAGAUGCUCUUGCUGACUUUGUUGUGACAAAAAGUCUGUAAAAACAGAAAUAAAAAUAUCUAUAAAAAAGUG